UAAGCCUGUCUUGGGGGCUGACGCCACCAUUUCAGGUGCCUCUCAUGGGGAGAGAGGGUGUCUGUGGAGGAGCAUCUCAAGACCGGACUCCAGCUUCAUGGCCGCCCGUGAGCUUCUCCUUGGCCUCCUCCUCCUGCUGCUGCCCACGCCAGCCCCUGCCCCCUGCCACACAGCCGCGCGCUCCGAGUGCCAGCGCAAACACCCCUUCGUGCCCGGCUCGUGGCUGGCAGGGGAAGGCGUGGACGUGACCAGCCUCCGGCGUUCAGGCUCCUUCCCGGUGGACACCCAGCAUUUCCUGCGGCCUGAUGGCACCUGCACCCUCUGUCGCAACGCCCUGCAGCAGGACGCCCUCCAGCGCCUGCCCCUGGCGCUCACUGACUGGCGCGCCCAGGGCUCAGGCUGCCGGCGCCACGUGGUCAGGGCCAAGGGCAGCUCCACCGAGGCCGUUGCCCGGCAAGCAGCUGGCAGCAUCCGCAACGACUGGCAGGUGGGUCUAGAGGUGACCCCCAAGCCCAGUGCCAACGCACGAGUGACCGUGGCCGGCUCUCACUCCAAGGCUGCUGACUUCGCGGCCCAGAAAACCUACCAGGACCAGUACAGCUUCAGCAGUGACUCAGUGGAGUGUCGCUUCUACAGUUUUCGCCUGGUGCACGCUCCCCCUCUCCACCCUGAUUUCAAGAGGGCCCUCAGGGCCCUUCCACCCCACUUCAACGCCUCCACCGAGCCUGACUACCUCAGGCUCAUCUCCAACUACGGCACCCACUUCAUCCGCUCCAUGGAGCUGGGCGGCCGGCUCUCGGCCCUCACCGCGCUGCGCACCUGCAUGCUGACCCUAGAAGGGCUCACAGCCGACGAGGUGGCGGACUGCCUGGCCGUGGAGGCUGAGGUCAACAUAGGCGGCCUUGGCAGCUCCUCGUCACAAUACAAGGCCUGUGAGGAGAAGAAGCAGCAGCACAAGCUGGGGACCUCCUUCCACCAGGCCUACCGGGAACGCAUUUCUGAAGUAGUCGGCGGCCACCACAGCUCCAUGCACGACCUGCUCUUCGCGAACCAGGCUGAGCCCGAGCAGUUCUCGGCCUGGGUGGCCUCGCUGCAGGACAGGCCCGGCCUGGUGGACUACAGCCUGGAGCCCCUGCACAUGCUCCUGGAGAGCCAGGAGCCGCGGCGCGAGGCGCUGAGGCAGGCUGUGAGCAAGUACCUGAGGGACAAGGCCCGCUGGAGGGACUGCAGCCGGCCCUGCCCCCCGGGGCAGCAGAAGAGCCCCAAAGACCCCUGCCAGUGUGUAUGCCAUGGCUCAGAGGCCACCAGCCACGACUGCUGUCCCCGGCGGAGGGGCAUGGCCCGGCUGGAGGUUAUGAGCUUUCUGGCGAGAGACCUGUGGGGAGACACGUUCACUGCCACGGACGCCUACGUGAAGGUCUUCUUUGGAGGCCAGGAGCUGAGGACCGGCACCGUGUGGGACGACAACAACCCCAGGUGGAAGACGCGGCUGGACUUCGGGGACGUGCUCCUGGCCACGGGGGGGCCCCUGAGGGUGCAGGUCUGGGACGCAGACUCUGGCUGGGACGAUGACCUCCUCGGCAGCUGUGACCAUGCUCCGAAGUCUGGCUCACAUACGGUGAUGUGCCCUCUGAACCACGGCCUCCUGCAAUUCUCCUACCACGCCAAGUGCCUGCCUCACCUGACGGCGAGCACCUGCCUGGAGUACGCCCCCCACGGGCUCCUGGGGGAGCCUCCAGGAAACCGGAGCGGGGCCGUGUGGUGAGAGCGUUGGGCCCCGAGAGGACCAGCAUGCCCAGGCUUCUCGCAGAGGGAGCCGGGCCUACCUUCACAUCCCCACUAGGCAGAUGGAACAUGGAGGUGGCUUUUUCAGUGAGCUGGCUGAAUUGACAGGCCCGCCCUGAGUCUCCCUGUGCAAACUGCCUUAGCGCUCUGACAUUCUUCAGCCUCGGAAAUGAGCUGGCGCUGGGCCACUGCUGUGUGGCCACUGCUCCGCAGGCCACGGCUUCGGUCAGAGGCAGAAGGCCAGGAGGCUGUUCUCACUAGGCUGCUUGGUGUCACGGAAGGUGUCCCCUUGCGACCCUGUCUAGCGUGGUGCAGUCUCCAUCCUAGUAGGUCUAACUGGUUCUGCCUCAGCUUCUCUGCUUGCUGUCUUCUUUCCCACCAAGCUUUGCUCCUUUGAUUCCUCUUUGUGUGCACACCCUGACAGAGGAUCAAUAAAUUGAUGUGACAGUGGC